AUGCCCCGGGGUCAGAAGAGUAAGCAACGUGCCCGUGAGAAACGUCGCCAGGCACGAGGACAACAGGAGAGUGUGGAACACGCUCAGGCCACUGUAGUGGAGGAAGAAGAAUCGCCCUCUUUCUCAGCUUCCAAUACCGAAGAUGUUAUCGAAGAGCUACCUGGUGCUGCAGCACCCAGCAAUGAGCAAGAGCCUGAAAUGGCCACUGGUGCUGCUGCAGUUGUUUCAUACGCAAGAUCUAAAGAAGGCACCAACAACCCAGGUAGAGAAAGGCCAAGUGCCUCACAGGCCCGGGCUGCCAUGAAGCACUUGCAAAGUGGCCCUCUAGCUGAGAGGGUUGCCAUGCUGGUGCAUUACCUGCUCUACAAGUAUCAAGUGAGAGAGUCUGUUACCAAGGCAGACAUGCUGAAAAAUGUAAUCCAGAUGUACAAGCAUCACUUCCCUGAGAUCCUGAAGAAAGCCUCAGAACGCCUGGAGCUGGUCUUUGGCCUUGAUAUUAAAGAAGUGGAUCCCAACAGAAGCAUUUAUGUCCUGGUCAACAAAUUGGAGCCAAACUACAACGCAAGAGUGACUGAUAACAGAGGUGUGCCGAAGACAGGCCUGCUGAUGAUUAUCUUGGGUGUGAUCUUCACAAAGGGCAACUGUGCCACCGAGGAGCAAGUCUGGGAAGUGCUGAAUAUGAUGGGCGUAUAUGAAGAUAGCAUUCACUUCAUUUUUGGGGAUCCCAAGAAGCUCGUUACCGAAGAUUUGGUGCAGGAUAGGUACCUGGAGUACCGCCAGGUGCCCGACAGUGAUCCUCCACGCUAUGAGUUGCUGUGGGGUCCAAGAUCUUAUGCUGAAACCAGCAAGAUGAGAGUCCUUGAGUUUUUGGCCAAGAUUCAUGAUACCGUGCCCAGUGCCUUCCCAGUCUGGUAUGAAGAGGCACUGCAAGAUGAGGAAGAGAGAGCCCAAGCCAGAGUUGCGGCCAGGGCUCGCAUUAGUGCCUUGGCCAGAGCACGUUCCAAGGCCUUGACCAGCAGCCUUCCUUGCCCCAAGUAA